UUAUAUAGCUUAGAUGCAGCAGAACUCUUCCACAUAGCAGUAGUGUCUAGCAUACUCUAGCGUGGUCCAGAGAGGUGUCUCUCACUGAUUUACUGUGUAUAUUCAUAGCUUCAGGGAAAGUCAGCAGUGAAACACUUUCUGCUUUUGACCAAGAGCAGAAGUUUUUUAAAAAAAUUGAAGUGACCAAGAGCAGAAGUUUUUUAAAUACAUUGAAGGGCAAUGGAGAGCCACUGAAGAGUUUUCAGCAAGGGAGUGCCAAAAUCAGAAAUAACGGGCUCUCUGGCAGCUGUGUGGAAACUGCAUUUAGGUGCAAGAUUGGAAGUACAACAUAGGUUCGUCAGAAACUUUCACCUGAGCAAAACACACAUCGUUUACUUUGCUACACGGCCUCGCCACCUAGUCCUGUCAGGUGCAUCUCUAAACCGCAGGUAAGAGCUUACAAGGCAGAAAGCUACGUCAGGUUGAUUCCUGCCCCUUCCUUCCUCGGAUAACUUUAACUUUCCAUCUGGCACAGACCGCUCAUACGUGCUUUCCCAGAAACGGGCUUAGGUCAGACACAUUCUUAGCAGAAGUUGAAGCUCCGCAGACAGAACAGCGUGAGUUUUCUCCCGACCGUCUCAAAAAAGCGCCGGCCGCCGCCAGCUCUCCGGGCCUCUUCCGACGGCUCAGAGGGGGUGCUUCACUCUCCGGUCACCGCCCACCGCGGUGGGACUUGCCGCCGACCCGGCUGCCCCCGCAGGGGGCGUGAGGGGCGCCGCCUCGCUCGGCCGCAGCAGGAGAAGGAAGAGGCGUGACGUCGCGGGAACUCCCACGCGACGUUGCGUGACGUCGCGGGAGAUCCGGGCGGGGCGAGCGAGGCCGGCUGCCCUCGGGCCAUCCCCCCGCCCUGCAAAGCGCGGGCUGUCCCGACGCGGCGGUUUGGCCCGUUAGUGAGGGAACGGCGAGAAAAGCGAAGGGCCGUCUCUUCCCAGCCCCAGAAGCGGGCUCGCUUUCCUGCUGGGGCUUUCGAGACUCUCGAGGCUGUCUUGCAAACCGUAUUUAAACUGGCCAAAGACAACUUCAGACCUAUAUAAUGUAACAGAAAAGGUCAGAAAACAUUAGGCAGUACAAGUGUGGAGCAUAUUAAGCAAGAUGAACGUCUCUGGAAGCAGUUGUGGAAGCCUUAGUUCUGCAGAUGUAUCUAAUGACUUUAAGGAUCUUUGGACAAAACUAAAGGAGUAUCAUGAUAAAGAAGUACAAGGUUUACGAGUAAAAGUAACCAAACUGAAAAAGGAACGAAUUUUAGAUGCACAAAGACUAGAAGAAUUCUUCACCAAAAAUCAACAGCUGAGAGAGCAACAGAAAGUCCUUCAUGAAACCAUUAAAGUUUUAGAAGAUCGGUUACGAGCAGGAUUAUGUGAUCGCUGUGCAGUAACUGAAGAACAUAUGCGGAAGAAACAGCAAGAGUUUGAAAAUAUUCGUCAGCAGAAUCUUAAACUUAUCACAGAGCUUAUGAAUGAAAAGAAUACUCUACAGGAAGAAAAUAAAAAGCUUUCUGAACAGCUGCAGCAGAAAAUUGAGAAUGAUCAGCCACAUCAAGCAGCUGAUCUUGAAUCUGAGGAAGAUGUUAUUCCAGAUUCACCAAUAACCACCUUUUCAUUUUCUGGCACUAACCGGCUACGAAGAAAGGAGAACCUCCAUGUCCGAUACGUAGAACAAACACAUACUAAACUGGAGCACUCUGGGUGUGCACAUGAAUUGAGAAAAGUACCAACGUCUUCAACUCAUCCACAACAUAAACCUAAUGAAAGUGAAAUUCUAGUAGCCGAUACUUGUGCUCAGAGUCAAGCUCCAAUGGCUAAAACACAUGGAAAAAGCAGUUAUUCUCCUGAUAAUUUAGCUACAGUUGUUGCUGAAACACUUGGACUUAGUGUUCAAGAUGAAUCUGAAUCUCGAGGCCCUAGGAGCCCUCUUGAUGAUGAGCUCUACCACUGUCUGGAAGGAGAUCACAAAAAACAACCUUUUGAGGAAUCUACAAGAAAUAGUGAAGAUAGUUUAAGAUUUUCAGAUUCUAAUUCAAAGACUCCUCCUCAAGAAGAAUUGACUACUCGGGUAUCAUCUCCUGUAUUUGGAGCUACCUCUAGUGUGAAAAGUAGUUUAGGUUUGAAUACAAGUUUGUCGCCUUCUCUUCUAGAGACUGGGAAUAAAAAACAUCUGAAAACAGUGCCUUUCAGCAACACUUCUAAUCCUAGAUUAGAGAAACCUAGAUCAAAAUCUGAAGAUGGUGCCCUUUUCACACAUCCUAAUCUUGGGGCUGAAGUGAACAAGAUCACUAACCCAUCAUCUUCUAAUAAGCAGAUGCUUAUAAAUAAAAACACAAGUGAACCCCUAAGUGAACAGGAUAGUAUUGCUCACAUGAAAGAUACUGUCACAGAUAAACAUGUGGUACCCCUGAAAUCAUUGGGAGGCAGAACCAAAAGGAAGAAAAUCGAGGAAGAAAGUGAAGAUGAAGUAAGCUGCCCCCAAGCCUCCUUUGAUAAAGAAAAUGCUUUUCCUUUUCCACUGGAUAGUCAUUCUUCCAUGAAUGGAGACUAUGUGAUGGAUAAACCUCUGGAUCUGUCUGAUCGAUUUUCAGCUAUUCAGCGUCAAGAGAAAAGCCAAGGAAGUGAGAACUCUAAAAUCGGAUUUAGGCAAGUGACUCUCUAUGACGCUUUGAAGCCCAUUCCAAAGGGCUCUUCCUCAAGCCGGAAGGCCUUGAGUCAGAGCUGUGAGUUAACCAGAGAUUCCCCAGAAGAGCCCCGUUUACAGGCGUCCCUCCUCCAGUCCUUGAGUAAAUCUCCAGAUAAUAAAACACUGUUACAAAUAAAGGAAGAAAAUCCUAUCUUUAAAAUUCCUCUAUGUCCACGUGAAAGUUUGGAGACAGAGAAUCUUUUUGGUGACAUGAAGGGUGCUGGUUCUCAGGAGCCUAUAAAAAUAAACAACAGGUCAGUCCAUGGAGCAUGUGAACCUGCAUCUGUUCUUCAGUUAAAUCCAUGUAGAAUUGCUAAAACAAAGUCUCUACAAAACAACCAAGAUGUAUCCUUUGAAAAUAUCCAGUGGAGUAUAGAUCCAGGAGUAGACCUUUCUCAGUAUAAAACGGAUAUUACUGUAGUAGACACAAAGGAUGGCAGUCAGUCAAGAUUAGCAGGAGGAGAGACAGUGGACAUGGACUGUACGUUGGUUAGUGAAACUGUGCUUUUAAAAAUGAAGAAUCAAGAGCAGAAGGGAGAAAAAAGUCCAAAUGGAGAAAGAAAAUUGAAUGAUAGCUUGGAAGAUAUGUUUGAUCGGACUACACAUGAAGAGUAUGAGUCCUUUUUGGCGGAUAGCUUCCCCCAAGUAGCAGCUGGAGAGAAGGAGUUGUCAACUACUACCAAAAAACCAAACUCUCCUGGUGAUAAACAAGAUAAAGUCAAACAGAAAGCAUUUGUGGAGCCAUAUUUUAAAGAUGAUGAAAGAGAGACUAGCUUACAAAAUUUUCCUCACAUUGAGGUGGUUCGGAAAAAAGAAGAAAGAAGAAAAUUGCUUGGACACACAUGUAAGGAAUGUGAAAUUUAUUAUGCAGGUUUUCCAGCAGAAGAAAGAGAAAAGAAGUUGGCUGCCUGCUCAAGACACCGAUUUCGGUACAUUCCACCCAGCACACCAGAGAAUUUCUGGGAAGUUGGUUUUCCUUCUACUCAGACUUGUAUGGAAAGAGGUUACAUUAAAGAAGAUCUUGAUCCUUGUCCUCGUCCAAAAAGACGGCAGCCUUACAAUGCAAUAUUUUCUCCGAAAGGCAAAGAGCAGAAGACAUAAAUGUUGAAUGAAAAGCAGGAGAGAUGACACUUUGCUUUUUAGUUAUUUAUAGUUAAAGUUGGUAUUACUGAUUUGUUUUUCAUCUUCUGUAAACCAAUUUAUAAAUCAUUUUUCUAUUGAAAAUGUUUUUACAUGGCAUUUACCCCUUACACAGAUGACUAUUUAAAAAUGGAUAAGUUUAUGUUGUAUUUUCUUGCUUUUGCACCUUUAAAAUAAUAAGGUGCUUUCAUUUUGCACUCUAAGUUAAGAGUUGUUUAUUACUUUAUUUGGUAAUACCUAAUUACAGUUUUGAAAAUAUGAUAGUUGUAGUCUGACUUGUUGCCUUUCUGAUCUUUUUCUUUUUACUCCAUCUUUCCUUGGUAUUCACAUUCAGCAGUGACUUCAUGUUAACAUUACAGAUUUGUAUUUUCUUAAUCAAGUUGCUUUUAUGUAGGUGAUUCCAAUGUCUGGCAUUCAGGUCUUUUAAAAGGCUAAAUUUUAAUAAUCCUUUUAACUUUCCAGCUUCUUUCUUUCAUUGACUUGAAGUACUACUCUGUAAUGAAUUCCUUUCAAGGUGACUACAAAUAUUAACUUUCUUUCCUUUGCCACAUACUGUAAAUUAACAUCCUCUGAUCAUAGUAUUCCAGCUCUUCAGAUGUUUUCUUUUCAUCAUACUUGUUUUUUCCUAGUGCAGUUUUCAAACUGAAUCUGAGUUCUUCUCUGCCCACAUGUUCAAAUUCAGUUACUUGUAUUUCUCUGGAUUGACUAACUGUUAUGAACUUCCAAUUUGGCAACAAAAUAGAUUUCUGUAUUUAGCAACUUUCUACUCCUCUGGAACCUAGUGUCUGAGUCAUCAAGAUAACUGACCACAUCUGUGUCACCUUUCUAGUGGCAUUUUGUUUAUCAGUAUCUUGUGUAUUCCUUUAAUCUAGAUCUUGACAGUGUUACAUAAGCAGGAGUACCUGACACACUGAAUGGAAUGCCUUACUAAACUCUAAGUAACUUUAUAGAUAUAACCUUUACUUCUCAGAGUUUUUAAAAAUCUGUUUAGUCUCAUCUUCCUCAUUGAUCAAGGUUUUCAUGAAUAAAUGACAUCAGUUUUGUUUUCACAGAGGGGAUUGGAAAAGAAAUCACUUAUAUUUAGUAUAUACUUGUAUGUUAGACCCUCUUUGUAUAUCGUUUGGCUCUGAAUGUGACUCUCAGUUGUUGUUUUUUAAUGCCCCUAUCAUAGCUUCUAUUCAGCACUUUUCUUCCCUUCCCAAAUUGUUUAUCCUAUGUUUGAUUUUUGUUUUCUGCUGGCAGUCAACUGAUCUCCCCCAAAUAAUAGACAUUCAGUUGAUCACUUAGUAUAUGCCAGGAACUGUGUUAUACUCUUCAUAGAUUUUUCUCUUUUAAUAUUCAAAUAAAUUCACAAAAUUUAUGUAUCAGCUUAACACUAAGCUGCGAAAAACAGAUCCAAGAAAGAUUAAACAGCAAAUGACUUGUUUUCUUUUUCUCACAUUGAAAUGUCUGGAGACGAGCAGUCCAAAGCUGGUCCAUGCCCUCAUGAACCCAGAUUUCUUCCAGCUUUCUGCUCUUUUGUACUUUGUAUGUGGCCUUCAUCUUUGUGACUAUUAAAUAGUUAUGCCACAUCUGGCAUCAUGUCCAUGUUCUAGGCAGAUAGAAGGGAAAAGAAAAGUACACAUUUGUUUUUGUCCUUCUUUAAAAAGUUUUCCAGAAGACCCCUCCCAGUAACUUUCCCUGUUUCUCAAUGGCCAGGAUGGUCACUGAGAGACACCUGGAUUGGAACAGGGCACCACAGGAUGUGUAGUUAGAGCUCUGUACCUCCUUGGAUUUGUUUUUUAAAAGGUAGCCUAAGCAGAGACAAGAGAUUGUCUCCUUGAUAGUGGCUUGACAGCAAUCCAACCCUUUAGCCAGCAUUUUUCAUUUUUCCUCAGUCAACCUGUGAGGUUGGGUAAACUGAGGUCUCUUCAUCUGCUGUUGACAAGUUCUACCUUUAAAUGAAGUACUGUAAUACACUUUUUAAAAACACUUGAGUUAGAUGAUGCAUUUAAACACAGAACUGCAGUUUGUGAUUUGUUUAAGUGGAUUAUAUGAAAGGGCUUUCUUCAUUUGUUAAGCAUUAUACAUGUUAGACAGUUUUUUCAUACAAAUAUAUAUCAGUCACUUUGUAUAUAGUCACAAACAGUUUCAGGUUGCCUGUGAGCUUUUUAAAAUUGAAGACCUGUGAUUUAAACUUUGAAAGCGUGCAGAACCUCCGUGUCCGCACUUAACAUUGGAUUAACACCUUUCCUGCCUUUGACAGACAGGCAUUGGGAUUAAACCAUUUGAAAGCUAAGGCUGUCAGAGGCAACAGUUUGAAUGAGUUAAUCAUGCGUCUCCAGAUGUAUAUAGGAGGUAUAACAUGCUACCUU